AUGGCGCGAAUUUCAGAUCUCAUUCGAGAUUCGAAGCUGGAAACAUAUUUCCUCCCAGACUGUAGAGUAGAGACAGUCCAUAAGUACCAGGAGUCAGACCCGACGUCUGGGCAGCGCCUUGUGACUAGAUUGGAGCAUUGGCAGCGGCAAAAAAGGAUCGGAAGUGGUGGAUAUGGUUGCGUCUGGCUAGAGACACGCAUUAAAGGUGGGCCAGGGGCCUCAGCUCAAGACGGUGCAGUCCGAGCAGUCAAGCAGAUUGACACAGAUCAGCGACCCGGGUCGAUCGACUACAAUCGUGAGUUGGAGGCAAUUGCCAAGUUCUCACACCCUCGCUAUGAACGAUGCUUUGUCAAGUCAUUCGGAUGGUACGAAGCACCCGGCCAGCUCUUCAUAGCCAUGGAAUACCUCGAAGUCGGGGACCUUUUCGUAUAUCUACAGAAAAGACCACCAGUACCAGAAGCCGAGGCGAAAGAAAUUGCAUACCAGAUCCUCGAGGGUCUGACUAUGAUGCAUGACAAUGGGUUUGCUCACCGAGACUUAAAACCAAAUAAUAUCCUUAUAAAAUCACACCCUCCAGACAAGUGGUGGAUCAAGCUCGCGGAUUUUGGUAUCGCCAAACGCAUCGAAGAACACCAUGGGAAACCGACGACGAUAGCGGGUACUCCAAGAUACAUUGCCCCUGAAGUCUGGGGCCUUGUUGAGCGAGGCAGUGCCUAUGCCGUUGAUAUCUGGGCUCUUGGAGAGAUUGUAUUUGAGAUGUUCACCAAGAAACUUGCGUUUCCGACUCUUGGAUCGCUUUCAAAUUACAAAUCCCAGCUGGACUUCCCAGUCACCAUGCUUACCAAUGCUGGUGUUGGUCAACCAGGUGUCGACUUUGUGCUUUCCCUUAUGUCUCCUUAUCCUAAUGAUCGAAUGACGGCCACCUCUGCUUUGUCAAGUGCCUGGAUACAAUCGCUCAUACCUCACCCACAUGAGCCCACGAAAGCUACCGAAGACGAGCCACAAAUUCCCUAUCCAGUCACCAUAAUGACCGAAGAGUUUGCGUCAUGGACUACGAAGCUCUCCUUAGAACCACCGGAGGGUGCCUUUCAUGGUAUGUCUAGUUCAACUACCAUGGUGGAUCCGGUAAACCCUACCCAUGGGAAGACCAUUAGGACACAGAAAGAGAAGGUACAUCCUUCUCCGGGGACUACAGUACCAGUCGUUAUGCAAGGUCAAGGUCAAGUCGAGAUCCCUGAGCCCCGCCCGACAGAAUUCGAAAGUCAGCAUCGGGCUGGUGUCUCGCUCUAUCGUCAGAAACAGUACAAAGAGGCAGAAACCAUAUUACGACAAGCUCUUCAGGGGCGAGAGAAGGUGCUAGGCGAGGAUCAUGAAGAAACACUUCGUUCUGCACACUGGCUUGGUCUCUCGCUCUUCCGCCAGAAACGGUACAACGAGGCAGUAAGGAUGUCUCGACGAGCUCUCCGGGGGCGAAAGAAUGUGUUAGGCCAUAAUCAUGAAGAAACACUCAGAUCUGCACACUGGCUUGGUCAUUCACUCUACAAUAACGGUCAGUACAAAGAGGCAGAAACGAUGUUCCGACAGACUCUUCAAGGGCGAGAGCAGGUGCUAGGUCAUGAUUCUAAAGAGACCCUCUACUCUGCACACUACCUUGGUCUCUCACUUCAUCGCCAGAAAAAGUACAAUGAGGCAAAAACUGUGUUCCGACAAGCUCUUCAGGGGCGAGAAAAGGUGUUGGACUAUGACCAUGAAGAAACACUCAAUUCUGCAUACUGGCUUGGUCUCUCGCUCUAUCGUCAGAAACGGUACAUCGAGGCAGAGAACACGUUCCGACGAGUUCUUCGUGGGCGAGAAAAAACGCUAGGCCAUGAUCAUGAAGAAACCGUCGCGGCCAGAAAGUACAUGGAUGCGGCCCGUAUGCGAGCUCCUCUCUAA